GCCUAUAAUUAUUCUCUAUUUUAAUAAAAAAUAUGUUUUAUUUUUCAGAAUGUGGUCGAUCAAUGCGGAGAUCAAGACAACCACGAUGGUAUGACAACUUUUAUGAUGAUUCCGCAAAUGCAGUUGGAAGUGGAAGAAUUAUUAGUGGGCGACAAAGUGUUAAAGGUGCAUGGCCUUGGCAGGUAUCCUUAGAAUUGUUGCAUCCAAAAUUUGGAUAUAUUGGCCAUUGGUGUGGUGGUGUAUUAAUUUCAAGUGAAUGGAUUUUAACGGCGGCACAUUGCAUCCAUAAUGAUGUUUUUAAUUUACCAAUACCCUAUUUAUGGACCGCUGUUUUGGGUGAUUGGGAUCGUGAAAUUGAAGAGAAUACUGAAUUACGUGUACCAAUUGAUAAUAUAAUUAUCCAUGAUUUGUUUCAUAAUUAUCAACAUGAUAUUGCAAUGAUGCGGCUGUCACGUCCAGCUAAUAUAAGCGGAAAAAGUCGCAUACGCAGUGUAUGUUUACCACCUCGUCGACCAAUUUUUGAUGCAUCUACAAAAUGUGUUGCAACUGGAUGGGGUCGCACUACACCCACAGGAGAUUUAGUGCCACGUUUGCAAGAAGCUGUUAUACCAAUACAUAGUAAUAAAUUGUGUCGAGAAAAAUACGGAAAUUCUGUUACAAUUCGAAGUGGACAUUUAUGUGCUGGACAAUUAGAUGGCUCUACGGGUACUUGUAUUGGAGACUCUGGAGGACCUCUACAAUGUAGCUUUGGUGAUGGUCGAUGGCAGUUAAUGGGUAUCACAUCAUUUGGAUCUGGGUGUGCUCAGCCAGGAUUUCCCGAUAUUUAUACACGAUUAUCGCAUUAUUUACCAUGGAUAAGAUCUAAAAUGCGAGAGAAAAGUUAA